GCCACCUGGUUCAGAAAACCCUGGUUCUCUCUGUUGGUUCUCACUCCUCCAUCUGCGGGGGGUGGAGGGCUGUGGCCUUGGACAUGGGAGAGACCUGGUGUCCCACCACCUGUGCUGGGAAGGGGCCCAGUCCAGCCCCCUGCCUGCUUGCACUAUAUUAGAGCGCGGGCUCUGUCGCUCGUCCUCUCUCCACACUCGCGAUGCUCCGGCUGCUGAGCGCCCUCCUGCUGGUGGCCCUUGCCUCAGCCUCUGGCCAACCUUCCUUCCGCCUGUCCAUCCGGGUUGUCAAUGGCACCGAGGUAGACCCCCACAGCAAGCCCUGGCAGGCCAUGGUGCUGUAUGAGGAGGACGGGGCCCUGUACUUCAUCUGUGGCGGGACCCUCAUCGACCCUCUCUGGGUUAUGACUGCCGGCCACUGCUUCCCCUACACCGGGAACUACUGGGUGCUGCUGGGCGCGCAUGACAUAACUAACCUAGGGGACGAGGAGCAGAUCAUCCCCGGGGAGAAGAUCAUCGUGCACCCAGACUAUGAUGACAACGAUGUAUCCAAGGGCAAUGACAUCGCCCUCAUCAAGCUGUCACGCAGCGCCGAGGUAACACCCGAAGUCCAGCCCGCCUGCCUUGCCCCCCGUGACUACAUCCUGCCCCACGGGACGGAAUGCUACAUCACUGGCUGGGGCACCACCUCCACUGGAGGGUCAGUCUCAAAUGUUCUACUGAAGGGGCUGCUGCCCGUGGUGGACUAUGAACACUGCUCCCAGUCCGACUGGUGGGGCUCCACUGUGAAGGAGACCAUGGUGUGUGCCGGCGGCGAAAACGUCGCUGGCUGCAACGGUGACUCUGGGGGACCCCUCGUCUGCCGCAUAGGAAAAGGCUGUUGCAAAGUCUAUGGCGUGGCCAGCUUUGUCUCCGCCGAUGGCUGUGACACCCCCAAGAAACCCACGGUGUUCACCCGAGUGUCGGCCUUCAUUGACUGGAUUAUUGGGACCAUUGCAAACAACUAGCACCAAGGCCCGGCUACCCGUGCUGACCCCCGUCCUAUGUAAAGAAUAAAGUGCUCUCUCAAGUCCCGAGUGGAUCUGUGUCCGUCAGUGACU